UGAAAACUACUUUCACUUUCAUACAGGACAGCUUAAAGGACAUUGGGAAACAUUCUACCUUCCUUUAAAGUGUGUGGACAUUAGUCCUUCGUCUUCACAUUAUUCUCUGUUCAAUUCAUCAUAGUUUUAAAACCAUGACAGAAUGCCGUAAAAAGAGUUUGGUUGAUGCAGUUUUAAAAGAGUUUACUUUGUCCAAUGAUGUUCUUUUAAAAGUAUCUGCCUUACUUUUGCAAGAGUUCAACAAUGGUUUGGGAGCCAACACUCAUGCCUCUGCAUCCGUUAAAAUGUUUCCUACUUUCGUAAGAGAUGUGCCUAAUGGAUCAGAGCAAGGUAAAUUUUUGGCACUGGACUUGGGUGGUACCAAUUUCCGGGUAUUGUGUAUCGACUUAGAUGGUGAACAGUUCAAUAUGAUGAAUGAAAUAUAUGAAAUUCCACAAUCUAUCAUGCUGGGGUCUGGGGAACAACUGUUUGAUCAUAUUGCAGAAUGUAUGUCCCAUUACAUCGAGCAGUUGGGUUUGACUCACAGAACACUACCCCUUGGAUUCACAUUCAGCUUUCCUUGCGUACAGAAAGGUUUGACCAGCGCAAUUCUCGUUGGCUGGACCAAAGGAUUUAAUUGCGCUGGUGUAAAGGGGGAAGAUGUGGUGCAAUUACUAAGAGAAGCUGUCAAAAGGCGAAGGAAUGUGGAUAUUGAUGUUGUUGCUGUUGUAAAUGACACAACCGGGACCUUGAUGUCUUGUGCUCAUACAAACAGAGAUUGUCGUGUUGGUUUGAUUGUUGGUACUGGUACUAACGCCUGUUAUAUGGAGAGAUUAGAAAAUGUUGAAACAUGGACUGGUGGUCACAACAGCCCAGAACAAGUCAUUAUAAACACAGAAUGGGGUGCGUUCGGUGACAACAGGUGUUUGGAUUUCCUCCGAACAGAAUAUGACAGACAAAUAGAUGAAUGUUCUCUAAACAAAGGAAAACAGCUGUUUGAAAAAAUGAUAUCAGGAAUGUACAUGGGAGAGAUAGUGAGAAGAGUUGUUGUGAAAUUAGCAAAAGAUGGUCUCAUGUUUAAAGGAAAACUCUCUGAAAAAUUUCAGACACCCUAUGCAUUCAAAACAAAAUAUGUCUCCAAUGUAGAAAGUGAUCCAAGGGGUAAAAACAAUGAAACUCAGACUGUCCUCCAAAAAAUGGGAAUAAGUGAUGCAAGCGAUGAAGAUUGUGAAAUAUUAAAAGCUGUCUGCGUGUCCAUAUCUUCUAGAGCUGCCCAUCUAGUCUCUGCUGCUGUGUCAACAAUCUUGAAUAAAAUCAGGCGAAAUCACACAACUGUUGGUGUUGACGGAUCAGUCUAUCGGUAUCAUCCUCAUUUUAAAGAGCUUAUGGAAAAGAAAAUUGAUGAAUUAACUGAUCCCUCAUUUAAAUUUGAGUUGAUGUUGUCUGAAGACGGGAGCGGUCGUGGUGCUGCCUUGGUAGCCGCAGUUGCCGUGAGAAGUGCGAAAUAAAUCAUUAUCUAUGUACUUAUAGUACUAUUGUAAUUCAUGCCAAAUGACUUGAGAAAAAAUAGCUGUUCCUUUUUAUUGAAACUAGAAUUGGUAUCUCCUGAACGUCAAUUCAAUCAAAUGUGAUAUUAUUUUUAAAAUUAAGUUAUAUAUGUGUGUGUGUGAAUUGGGAGAAAAAUUUUUUUUUUCUCCCUUCAGUAGGGAUUAUGGUUUGCGUUUUGCCUGAAAGAAAUUUCUUUCUUUCAGGACACUGGAAGAAACUAAAAGAGAUGAAUAUAAAAAUAAACAAGAGUACCCGCAAUAUGAAACAAAAACCCAAUUUGGAUAUUCAUCAAUUUUAUUUUAAUUUUAAAUAUCCAAAAAUAGUGAUAAAAGGCAGAAUUGCAUACUGAAUCGAACACUUACCAAAAAAAUAUAUUUGUAGUAUGAGAUAUUUUCCUCCUAUAAUUAUGUUCAAAGUUUAGUGAAGGGUUAUUAUUUAUUUAUGAGGUGAUAUAAAAAAAAUAUCUUUAUAAAUUUUAAAAAAGUAUUCCUUUUUGGUCACACAGUCAAAUCUUACGCACCCCUAGCUGCUCUGUAAGAUUAUUGACGUGUGGCAUGGGUGUUAUUUAUGCCACUGUUAGAUGUAUUAAAUUUAAAUUAGAAAUCUUUUUUUCUUUUUGGUAGUGUUUGCGUUUAGUAAGUGAUUUGUUGACCUGGUAGUAUUAAUAAAAUUUUUAUUACUUUAUGUUUACAGUUCUUUUAGGUUUUACUAUGCUCAUGAAAUUAUAGUUAUUUUAAUUUUUUAUAAAAUUCAUUAAAUUUUUUUGUUCCUACUGUUAUUUUUUAGUUUAUUAUAAAAUAUGUUAAAUAGCUUAAAAGUUGAUGCAAAUAUUUAAUUUGAUUAUAAACUCAAUCAGAUAGUUAAUUUUGAAAAAGUUUAAUUUCUUUCACGUAGUUUGAAAGAAACAGAUUUCUUCCCAGGCUGGUUUUUUUCACUGUGGAAGAAAUUUGCAAAUGCAGAUUGAUAUGCAUCUGAUUUCAUAUUUUAAUUAAAUUACAUUUAUGUAAAUCUUCCCCCCCCCCCUUUUUACAAAUUAUCGUCCAGAUACGUGUUGCCAUUUGGGUGCUUUUAUGCAUUUACACAUAGCAUUUUAUGAUCUUUUGUAUAGAAUCAGUAUUUUUUUUUAAAAUUAUUGGUCACUCUGUAGUUAAGUUUGGCAAAAAAACUUAUUACUAGAGUAAGUGUUUUUUGGCAGGGGCCCGGUGCUGAAACAUCUUUGCUACUCCAUCUCUAAAGGUCCAACUUGAUUUCCGCUAAGAUUCUGCUAAAUUUACUACAUAUUUACGGGCGCUUUUUAGUUCCAGAUUUUAAUUUGAAACUUUUAUUAUUAAAAAAGAGCAUUAUUUAUUGUUGAAAGGAAUAUAGUAGUUUAAUUAUGAAGGCAAAUGUUAGAUAUUCAGGAUCCAAGGUCCAGAAGUUUCAAGAAAUCAUUGAUCACAUUUAUGUAUUAAAUUCUUGUAUAUUUUAUUUAAAAAUAUUAGCACUUGAAUUUAUGCUUGGCAUCGCUUUCAUUUGUAAAUAUUUUUUUCUGGUAGAAUAAUGUGUUUAGAGAUGAAAGUAAACUUAUACAAAAUUAUUAAUUUAAAUUAUUCUGCAUAUGAUUUAUUUUGAAUUUCGUGUUGUGAAAAUAUCAAUGAUUUAAAGUAAUAAAGACAUAAAUUUUUUUUGAACGUGUCAUUAAUAAUUUUACUAAAGAAUUUUUCAGGAUUUUUUAGUUGGGCGCACAAUUACCCCUGGAUAUUACUAGGACAUAAUUGUUAAAGGUUAAAAUUAAAAUAAAUACCGCAUGACCCAAUUUGAAACAAAAUGUAUCAGCGAGGCACGAAAGAUUUCUUUAUUUGUAGAAUCAUUCAGAAGCACAAAAAUCUUUCAGUGCCUGAAAAAAUUUAAGAUCUUAAAAAAACUAUGAGCAUGGAAAAAUUUAAAGCUCCAACUCCAGGAAAAAUAUUGGAAAAAGUCCGGGUCUUUGGUUUUUAGAUAUCUUUUUUUUUAUAUAAGCUCUUUUUUUUUAAUUUGUAGUACAUCAUUUUAUAUUGAAUAUAUUUUCAUUGUUGUGUUUGAAGACCCUUUCGAUUCAAGCAAAUACAUAAUUUUUAGUCUUUUCAAAAGUGCAAUUUUUCUUAAUUAAGCAAUAAUCAGUUACUUGAAAAAUUAAAUACAUUUUAUUGUGUUAAAAGUUCUGAUUUCUCAUCUUUAUUUCCACAAGCAUUUAAAUCAAUAAUGAUUAUUUUAUAUCUAUUUUUAUUGAUCUCGUUCAAAUAAAUCAAAAUUAUUUAUCUGAAUAUGUUUUAGUGUAUUAAAAGUUUUAUAUCUUGUUGCUCUGUUAUUAUUGACUUGUUAGUAGAAAAUGAUUGAUUUUUAUUCAACCCAUCUUCAUGAAUGUUUGUAAAUUAUUAAUUUUAGAAAAUUUAUAAUAUUCCUUAAAUUUAUUGGAAGUUUUAAAAACUUGUAGAGGGAGACUUGAAUUACAUUACUUUUGAAUGUGAUAUAUACAUAUAUAAUGUGUAUUCAAUAAAGUAUUUAUGAAAGAAAAA